GUCAACUUUUUGCUUUUAUUGUGUAUGCGCAUCUCAUUUUACUAUGACCAUAUUUGUAAUCCGAGCUCAGUCCAGAGCCGUAGUGGGAACAUUACGAAUCUACAUUCUACUCGUCUUGUUUACCUUACAGAUAUGCUUCAAAUGCUUAAGAAAGCAUUCUCCUUAAAAAAAGCAGUGUUUUUUUCGAAAUGUAGGCUAAGUUCUUCCGUAAAAGAAAAUGGUAGUUUGGAAAAUAAAACCAGUAAUCCAAGUGUCUUAAAUUUUGAGAAUAUUCCGGGCCCUAAAAGUUAUCCUGCAGUUGGGACAUUGUACAAAUAUUGGCCGUGCAUUGGUGAAUACAAUAUAGAGGCAAUAGAUAAAGCUGCAUGGCUCAACUGGCGGAAGUACGGCGGUCUUGUCAGAGAGGAGCCUGGUGUGAAAUUGCUUCACCUCUUUGAGCCAGAUUUGAUUGAAAGCGUGUUUCGCCAGAAAGAACGGUACCCAGCAAGGAGGAGUCAUGUCGCCAUGCAAUAUUAUCGUGUUGGCAAACCACAUGUUUAUAACAAUGGUGGUCUUCUUUCAACAAAUGGUCCUGAUUGGUGGAGGAUAAGAAGUGCUUUUCAAAAAAAAUUCUCUAGCCCACAAAACGCUAAACAAUACGUUCAAGAAGUUGACAAUAUUGUUAAAAGAUUCAUUGAAUGGAUCCAGCAUGAUAGAAUAUCUCAUCAUGAAGAUUUUUUACGACGUUUGAAUCAAUUGUUUCUGGAAGUCAUAGGAAAAAUUGCUUUCAACGAAGAUUUUCAAAGUUUUUCACCACAAGAGCAGGAUCCAAAAUCUCGGAGUAGUAAAGUUAUUGCUGCCGCUUUCGGUUCCAACAGUGGCAUUAUGAAACUCGAUAACGGGAUCAUGUGGAGGUUCUUUAAAACGCCUCUGUACAGAAAACUUGUCAAAUCUCAGGAAUAUUUAGAAAAAAUAUGCAUGGAUAUACUACUAAACAGAAUAAAUUUUUACGAGAAAGAAAAUGAUGAUGCUGAAAAAUCAUUGCUGGAUGCAUUUAUUAGGUUGCCUAAUAUAGAUAUGAAAGAUUUAAUUGGUGUCAUGGUGGAUAUUUUAAUGGCAGCAAUAGACACGACCUCUUAUUCUACGAGUUUUGCUUUAUACCAUAUGGCACAAAACCAAGAAUGCCAAAACUUAUUUUUCGAAGAAGUGUCAAAGCUUCUCCCUACAGAAGAGACUGAAGUGACUGCUGAUCUUUUAUCGAAAGCGGUGUAUGUUAGAAGCUGCCUUAAAGAAAGUCUACGUCUGAAUCCCGUCUCUAUAGGGGUAGGGAGAGUUUUACAGAAUGAAAUGGUAUUGAAGGGAUUUAUGAUACCUAAGGGGACGGUGAUAGUGGCUCAAAACAUGGUGGCGUCUCGAUUGCCACAAUAUUUUAAGGAUCCAUUACGCUUCAAGCCUGAGAGAUGGAUUCGUGAUUCAGAAAAUUUUGAAAACAUUCAUCCAUUUUUAAGCUUGCCUUUUGGAUUUGGCCCCCGUUCGUGCAUAGCGAGACGUUUGGCUGAACAAAAUAUGUGCAUCACUUUAAUACGGUUGAUUCGAAAAUAUAAAAUUACAUGGAUGGGAGGUGAACUCGGUGUAAAGACUCUGUUAAUUAACAAACCUGAUCAACCGAUUUCCUUAUCUUUUACUCCUAGAUUUUUAUAAAUAAAUAAAAUUAACCACCAA